CGCGGCCCCGCCCGGCAUCCGACGGGGGUGCGGCUCCAGGAAACCGCGCGCGCCGCUCUGCGUUUGGGGCAGCUGGACUUGCCCCGCGACCCCGAGACCGGCCUGAUUAUCCGGCGACUCCAGCGGCGGCACUGGGCGACCGAGACCUCAGGUCGGAGACCCGGACACCACGGCACGGACGGGGCGAACGGGACGGGUACCACGGAUAGAAGCCCCUGAGGCCAUGGGGACCCCGGCCAGGGCCAGGCCAGGAGUCAUCGGCCAGCGGGAGCCGCGGGCCUGAGAAGGGACGGCAGAAGCAGCUGGGGCCAUGACCUCGGUGUGGAAACGCCUGCAGCGCGUGGGCAAGCGGGCCGCUAAGUUCCAGUUCGUGGCCUGUUACCACGAGCUGGUACUGGAGUGCACCAAGAAAUGGCAGCCGGACAAGCUGGUGGUGGUGUGGACCCGGCGGAACAGACGCAUCUGCUCCAAGGCCCACAGCUGGCAGCCAGGCAUCCAGAACCCAUACCGGGGCACUGUGGUGUGGAUGGUGCCUGAGAAUGUGGACGUCUCCGUGACCCUGUACAGAGAUCCCCAUGUGGACCACUAUGAAGCCAAAGAGUGGACAUUUAUUAUUGAGAAUGAGUCCAAGGGGCAGCGGAAGGUGCUGGCCACAGCUGAGGUGGACCUGGCCCGCCAUGCAGGGCCUGUGCCAGCCCAGGUCCCGCUGCGGCUGCGGCUGAAGCCCAAGUCGGUGAAGGUGGUUCAUGCUGAGCUGAGCCUCACCCUCUCAGGGGUGCUGCUGCGGGAGGGCCGAGCCACGGAUGAUGACAUGCAGAGUUUGGCCAGCCUCAUGAGCGUGAAGCCGAGUGAUGUGGGGAACUUGGAGGACUUUGCCGAAAGUGACGAGGAUGAGGCUAAUGGCCCAGGGGCCCCUGAGGCCCGGGCUCGAGGCCCCCAGCCAGAUUCUUCUCGGGAGCUGAAGACACUUCGUGAAGAGGAUGAGGGCCAAGUAUACCCCAGGCAGGCAGAUGCCAGCCCUACUAAAACUGAGGAUUCCAGCCCAGCCCCUGUGAGUGGCCCUGUGCCCCCGGCCAGGGCCUCCCGGGGCCAGGGGUCAGAACCAACUACAAUAGCCGGGGGCCAGGUGGGGCCCCCAGGAACCCCACCAGAGGCAAGGUCCCCGCGGCAGCCAAGCCAGGACACGGCCCCCACCCCGGCCCCUCGGCCUCGGAAAGGCUCUGAUGCCCCUCAGCCCCCAGUCCUCCAAGAGGGGAACCAGGUCCCCAGUGCCAAUGCCUCAGAGGCUCCCCCAGCAGGAGCGGGUUCUUCGGGGGAGACCCAGGCCUGGACAAGCCCCCAGGAAGGGGCAGAAGCCCAGGGAGGCAGGCCUGGCUUGGACACUGAGGCUAUGGACUCCAAAGCCACCUGGGGAGGGCAGAGGCCCAAAGCUGGAGAGGGGGAGAUUGGGGACAGGCCAGAGGCGGGUAGGGCGGACAGCCAGCGAGGGGCAGGAGUCGGAGAGGUGAGUGCCAAGAGGUCAGGGCACACGGCUGGAGAGACUCCAGAGAGUCCGGAACAUAGUGACUUUGAGGCUGAGCAGAGACGUGUGGUGAGACAUGUGGCCGCUACGGGACCAGAGGCUGCAGGGCUUCUGCCUGAGGCAAGAUUCAGGGUGACUCCUGAGGCACCUCCAAGGGGCUCUCAGGGGAAGAUGGGAGGCAGGGUGCAGGAAGAGGGUCCCACAAGCCUGAGCUCAUCUUCAGCAGAGCCUGCAGGGUAUUCUGGGUAUCUCAGUGAUCACAGCGGGGCUGGGGACGCUGCAGGCCAGGAGAGAAAGGAUGCGGAGAUAAGGGACAGAGCCCCUGGUAUUGAGAGCACAGGCCUGGAGCAGGGCCUUUCUGCUGGAUCAGCAAGCACCGGGCCCCAGGUGAGCAGGUCUCAAGGGGCCCUAACCUCAGCUGAGCAGGGGGCAAGACCUAGGGAUCUGAAGAUCUGGGAGGCAGAAGCUGAGGAGUCAGGAGUCCUGGAAGCAGAGACUGAACAGGCAGAGUGGGAGGUACUGGGUACCCAGGGGAGAGAAGCAGGGGGAUCAGGGGUCUCAGAGAUAGAGACGAGGCCAGCAGACACUGAGAUAUUGGGGGCCUGGGAGACAGAGACAGCAAGAUCAGGGCUCUUGGAGUCAGAGGCUGCUAGGCCAGCGGGUUUGGAGGUACCGGGGGCCCAGGAGACAGGGGUUCCAGGGAUGGUGGGAAAAGAGACUGAGAUAGCAGGCUCUGAAGUAUUGGGGACCCAGAAAAUAGAAGCUGGGGAUUCAGAAGUUCUGAGGACAAAGACUAGGGCAGUAGAGAUUGAGAUAUUGGGGGCCAAGAAGACAAAGGUGGGAGGUUCUAGGGUACCAGAGAUAGAGGGUGGGGAGGCAGAGGCUGAAAUACCGGGGACCCAGGAUAUAGCAGCUGAGGGGUCAGAGGUUCCAGGGGUAGAAGCUGAGAUGGCAGAGUGUGAGAUGUUGGGGGCCCAGGAGACAGAGGAAGGGGUUCCAAGGAUGCCAGGGACAGAGGCUGGAAUGGCAGAGUCUGAAGUACUGGAGAUCCAGAAAAUAGAGGGUGAGAGUUCAGAAGUUCUGGGGACAAAGACUAGGAUAUUAGAGUCUGAGAUAUUGGGGACUCAGGGGGUAUCUGAGGGUCCCACAGUUGUGCAGAUAGAAGCUGAGACAGUGGGGGCCCAAAAUGUGGAGGUGGGAGGUUGUGGGGUACCAGAGACCAAGGCUGGGAAGGAAGAGGCUGAUGACAUAUUGGAAACACGAGGGACAACAACUGAGGACUCAGGGGCUCCAGGGAUAGAAGCUCAGGUGGCGGAGUCUGAGAUACUGGGGAGCCAUAAGACAAAGGUGGUGGUUUUGGAGAUCCCAGAGGUAGAGACCGGAACAGAAGCUGAGGAGUCUAGGACCCUGGAGAUAGAGGUAGGAACUUCAGAGGUUUCAGCGAUAGAAACUGAGGUAGCAGAAACUGAGAUAGUGGGGACUCAGCAGAUAGUAGGGGGUUUAGGGGUCCCAGGGAUAGAAGCUGAGAAAGCAGAGUUGGAGAGAUCAGAGCCCCAAGUGACGAAGAUGGAGACCAGGAUAGCACAAGCUGAGAUACUGAGGACCCAAGAGAUAGCAACUAGGAGUUCAGGGGUCUCAGGGCCAGAGGCUGAGGUAGUUUGGACCCAGCAGACAGAAACUGCAGUUUCAGAGUUUGAGGAGGCAAAAGUUGAGACUCUGGGGGUCCAGGAAGCAGAGACUAGAGUUGGGGAAGCUCUCAGUCACGAGGCUUUAAAGGUCCCAGUCGCAGAGCAAAGAGUUUUAGGAUCCCAGGAAUUAGAGCCAGAGGUUUCAGGACUACAAGGAGCAGAGAUUAAAGUUUUGAGGGUCCAGGGAGCAGAAGCUAGGGUUUUGGGGGUGUCAGAGGCCAGAUCUGGGGUUUGGGGGACCCAGGAAACAGAAAUAGCAGUUUUGGGGCCUAUAGAGAAUAAAUCUGGUAUUUUUGAGGCCCAGGAAGCAGAGCCUGAGGUCUUGGGAAGCGAGAAGGGGAAAGAAGCCCAGGGAGGCGUCCCAGAGGCUGGCCUGACUGAGGCACAGGUGGCCAGUGGGGCAGGGGCUGGGGUGCCCAGGCGCUCGGGGGCCACUUCCCCAGAGGAGCCUGAAGAGGACAGGAGGCUGCCGGGCAGCCAGGCACCACCUACCCUGGUCAACUCCAGCCAGUCCCUACUGGAGUGGUGCCAGGAGGUCACCACUGGCUACCGGGGUGUCCGAAUCACCAACUUCACCACAUCCUGGCGCAAUGGCCUGGCCUUCUGUGCCAUCCUGCACCGAUUCUAUCCGGACAAGAUUGACUAUGCCUCCCUUGACCCGCUCAACAUCAAACAGAACAACAAGCAGGCCUUCGAUGGUUUCGCAGCCCUGGGCGUGUCGCGGCUGCUGGAGCCCGCGGACAUGGUGCUGCUGGCGGUUCCCGACAAACUCAUCGUCAUGACAUACCUAUGCCAGAUCCGCGCUUUCUGCACCGGCCAGGAGCUGCAGCUUGUGCAGCUGAAGGGCGGCGAUGGCAGGGGCAUGUACCGUGUGGGCAGCGCCACACCAAGCCUGCCCGACGAGCUGGAUGCCGGCGACCUGGCCCAGCGGCUUCGUGAGCAUGGGGCCGAAGUGCCCAAGGAGGCAGUGAGCCGUGCGGACCCCAUCGUGGAGUUCGUGGCCGCAGGCUGUGCCCCCAAGGACGCCGCCGCCAAGGCUGUCGGGGAAGCGAGUCCCCCAGGGGUCCCGGCUGAUGUCCCCGUGGCCCCUGCACCCGUAGCCCCAGUUCCCCCAGCGGAGGGGCUGGUGAAUGGGGCCGGGGCGACUGCGGGCGGGGGCGGGGGCGGCGUGAGACUGCCACGGCCAUCAGUCAACGGCGAGGCUGGACCGGUGCCACCACCUCGUGCGCACGGUUCCUUCUCCCAUGUGCGGGACGCCGAUCUGCUGAAGAAGAGGCGCUCCAGGCUGCGCAGCAGCAGCUCCUUCUCCGUGGAUGAACCCGAUGCGGGAGCCUCGGCCACAGAUGGCUGGAGCAGCACCUGUCAAGGCAGCCAGUCUGUCAGCCAAGCCCAAAGCCGGAGGCCCGCAGCGCUGACAAUCCCAGAAGCCCUGAGCCCCGAGCCCAGCCCUGCCCCCGGCCCACCCACAGCUCAGGCCCCAGGGCAGCCUCCUGGUGGGAGCUCCCCAUUGGAAGAGCCACCCCCAAGUCCAGGGGAGGAGGCUGGAUUGCAACGGUUCCAGGACACAAGUCAGUACGUGUGUGCAGAGCUGCAGGCCCUGGAACAGGAGCAGAGGCAGAUAGAUGACCGGGCGGCUGAGGUGGAGACACAGCUGAGAAGCCUCAUGGAGUCAGGUGCCAACCGGCUGCAGGAGGAGGUUCUGAUCCAGGAAUGGUUCACACUGGUCAACAAGAAGAACGCUCUCAUCCGGAGGCAGGACCAACUGCAGCUGCUCAUAGAGGAGCAGGAUUUGGAGCGCAGGUUUGAGCUGCUGAGCCGGGAGCUGCGGGCCAUGCUGGCCAUUGAAGACUGGCAGAAAACGGCCACACAGCAGCACCGAGAACAGCUACUGCUGGAGGAGCUGGUGUCACUGGUGAACCAGCGUGAUGAGCUGGUCCGAGACCUGGACAAAAAGGAGCGGAUUGCCCUGGAGGAGGAUGAGCGCCUGGCGCGUGGUCUGGAGCAGCGGCGCCGUAAGCUGAGCCGGCAGCUGAGCCGGCGCGAACGCUGCGUGCUGAGCUGAGCCUGCCUCAGCCACAGCCUCUGCCUCAGCCUCACCUGCCUCUGGCCCAGCCCACAGCAUUGCCUGUCUCUGGCGCCCACUUGCUUCCCCGGGGCCUGCGCUGCAGAGGACCUGGCCUUGGGGAUGCCUUCACUAGGUUGCCUGUAUUUAUUUGUCUGUAUGAGUGAGUGAGUGAGAGAGAGAGAGAGAGAGAGAGAGAGAGAGAGAGAGAGAGAGUGUGUGUGUGUGUGUGUGUGUGUGUGUGUGCGCGUGCGCUCGGCAGGACCCUUCUCCAGUGCUGGGCCCAGCUGGCUGCCCGGGCUGAGGGAGACUGUGGGCAGUGUGGGGAACAGCCCGUACCCUCCCCUUCCUGUUCCUCACCAGCCAUAAAGUUGGACAAGGACACAGCA